GGGGAGCGGGGGCGGGGGGUCUCGGGCCUCCCCGACCCCCGGCCCCGGGGCCCUUGGUCAGCAUGGGCGGCGGGGUCCGGCCGGCCGGGACGCGGCUGCCGCGCUUCGUCCUCAGGCUCUUGUGCCUUCUCCCCGCAGGGCUCCCGGUGCGCAGCGUCGACUUCUCCCGGGGCACCGACAACAUCACCGUCCGACAGGGCGACACCGCCAUCCUCAGGUGCUAUGUGGACGAGCAGAGCUCAAAGGUGGCGUGGCUGAACCGGUCCGGCAUCAUCUUCGCGGGGCAGGACAAGUGGUCGCUGGACCCACGGGUGGAGCUGGAGAGGCGCACGGCGCUGGAAUACAGCCUGCGCAUCCAGAAGGUGGACGUCCACGAUGAGGGCUCCUACACCUGCUCCGUGCAGACGCAGCAGCAGCCCAAGACCCUGCAGGUCUACCUCAUCGUGCAAGUGCCCCCGAAGAUCUCCAACAUCUCCUCGGACGUCACUGUGAAUGAGGGCAGCAACGUCACCCUGGUCUGCAUGGCCAGCGGCCGCCCUGAGCCUGUCAUCUCCUGGAGGCACCUCACCCCAACAGGAAGAGAAUAUGAAGGGGAGGAAGAAUACCUGGAGAUUCUUGGGAUCACGCGGGAACAGUCCGGGAAGUACGAGUGCAGAGCUGCCAACGAUGUUGCCUUAGCAGACGUCAAACAAGUCAAGGUCACUGUGAACUAUCCACCGACCAUCACAGAGUCCAAGAGCAACGAAGCCUCCACAGGGAGGCCGGCCUCCCUCACCUGCGAGGCGGCCGCGGUGCCCGCGCCGGACUUCGAGUGGUACAGAGAUGACACCAGGAUAAACAGUGCCAGCGGGCUGGAGAUCCGGAGCGUGGAGGGCCAGUCUCUGCUGACCGUCAGCAAUGUCACGGAGGAGCAUUAUGGGAACUACACCUGCGUGGCCGCCAACAAGCUUGGGGUGACCAACGCCAGCCUCGUCCUUUUCAAACGAGUCUUACCCACAAUCCCCCACCCCAAUCCAGAAAUUGGCACCACCGUGCACUUCAAGCAAACAGGACCCGGUUCCGUCAGAGGAAUCAACGGCACCAUUGCUCUGACCGUGCCGCUGUGGCUGCUGGCGGCAUCCCUGCUCUGCCUGCUCAGCAAAUGUUAAUAGAAGAAGAAUUUAAAAAUAAAAACAAAACACCGACAACACACAAAAACGCGUCAUAAAGGAGCCAGAGAGAGAGAGAGAGCGGAGAGAGAGAGAGAGAGAGAAAACUGCCCCUUCCACCCGCCGCGGGGCACUGAGCCGAGGGGAGAACCAGAGCCGCCUGGCAGAGCGGAACAAGGGAAACGAUCGUGAAGCCACAAAGCCCAUCUCAUCACCGCCGUGGGCCUGGCACGGGAAAGCUGCGGCCCCUUGCACACGUGUGUGCGCACGUGCGUGUGCCAACCGCCUCCGACCAUGCCCAGCCCAUGUCACACUAAGGACAUUCAAAUGUUUGAAAAAGCAAAAUGUCUCAUGACAUUGUUUCCCCUUCUUUUUUUUUUCUUCUUCCCUUCCCUCCUUCAUCCCUCCCCGUCUGUGAGGAGAGACCUGAUGCCACUGCUGCCACCACCGCCCUGGUUCUCCUGGGGGCAUUUGUCAGCCACCAGCCUCCCCAGGGGCCGAAUCCUAGCCACGUCCCAUCUGCAGCCGGCCCGGGACCCCGGGGGAAGGGAGGGGGGUCUCCUGCCCCUGCCCCUGCCCCUGCCCCUGCCACACCCCUAGUUUCAUUCUCCCCUCCAGCCUGCCUAAGCCUCUGGGCCACCCCCUCCCACUCCUCCUGCUGUUUCCCUUUAACCCUCCCCUAGGCUCACCCCCCACCCCCUCCCCGCAGUCCACCUCAUCAUUCUAAAUUCCUCCCCCUCUGGGUGCCCUUCCCCCCCCCCAUGGGUCUCUCUCUCCCAUGGGCGUAUGUGUGUGUACGUGAGUGGGUGUGGGUGUAUGUGUGCGCAUGCGGGGGUCCCUCUCUCUAUAAAGCAUGCCAAGGGUAUGGCUUGUGUGUACAUAGACUGUCCUGCUUUGUGCUCACCCAUAGCGGCGGGGGCCCAGGGGUGGGGGGAGGGCACUUGUGCUUCAUCCUGAGGGUGGGGGGUGGGAAGGGGGCAGAUGGGGCCAGGCAGACUGCACAGAAAAGAAAGGGCAGACAGACCCAACUGAUGUGGGCUCUUUCCAACAUGUUUGAAAGCCCUCAGACCUGGUUGGAGGCUGGGAUGGGUGGAACUGGGAGCCCAAUCCUGACAGACAGCUCUGGGAGAAACACUGGGGUCCGUGGACACUGGCCCCAUCACCCCCAAGACUGGGGCCGGGGAUACCAGCCCCGUCACCCCUAUGGCUCUGGGUCCAGUGUAGCUGAAUCCCAGGCACCGGGGGCACGGCUGUUGAAUUUUGCCUUGAAUUACAUUGGAUCAACCAACUUCAGAAAGCCCAUCCCCACACCUGCCAUCCCUCUCCCUCUGCCCCGCCACCCCCACCCCUACUGGCUCUUCCCCAGCCGGCGUCGGGCAGGGAGCCAUCACGUGAUGUCAGUGUCUGUUCCAAUGGGAACGAGAGCUCCGUAUUGUACUGUGCCAAUCAAUACUGAACCUGCUGUGGAUUCACUCUGUUACACUGUUACUGAAAGUGCCUAAAUCGGGGUGGGGUGGGGGGCAGGCAGAGCCAACUCAGUGCAGCAGAGGGGCCCCCGGAAGGCUGGCACUCAGCACUUACCCUGGGUCUCCCUAUGUCCAUCCAUGCUCCGCCUGCUCCUGGGCAGGGUAAGGAAAGAAACCAUUUUGUGGCUUUUUGUUCGAUGUGAGCACACUGUGGUAUCGGGAAGCAGCAGGCCAAUCGGCCAGAUGCCUUCCCCUCCCCCGGCCCACUGACCGGCUGAAACUAAAAUGACCCUCUGCUUGGUGACCGCCCGACCCUUCCUCCUGUCCCUUCACUGGGGAGCAGGGAUCGGGGGGAGAGCGGUCUCUGGUUAACACUCACUUGGUGAGUAAGCCGAGGUCUUGGGGGCAAUGAGGAAACCUGGGGAGGUGCCCCUGGCUAGCCCAGCCAAAUACUGGUUCAGAGGUCAGGGCUGGGGUGGGCAAGCAGUGGGAGGGAGGGGAGAUCUCAGUGGCCUCCUUUGAUGGGGAGGGCCGGCAAGGAGGUCUAAUCAUAGCUGGACCACAGCCUGACCAAAGCUGGAUGGCUUUAGGCUUGGGGAGAGGCAGCAGGGUGUCCCUAGCCAGGGUCCAAUCUGGUCAGGGUGGCACUGACCCGAGGGCACCCCAGCCCUCUGCAACCCGAGUCAUGCCCAAAAUGAAGCAAAGAGGAAGAGUUCCCUGAGAUGACCAUGCUCAAGGAGAUAGAGGCUAGACUGAGGCUGCCAGCAACCAAGUAGAGAAGGAAAAGUGCUUUGGUCCCCACAGAUCUCAGAAGGGUCAGGGUGGGCCCCAGUGGUGAUCCAGGGGGCUGGGCAGGCCAGCCAGACUGGGGCCACAUUGGACCAAACCAUGCUCUCUGGGCCCCGGUCUUGGUCGCUGCAGAUACCUGAAGAGAAGGUCAGGGAGCCAAGUGGGCAGCCCCAGGGAAGGCAGUUACUCCUUUGCCAUUCUCUCUCAGGAGCCCAGAGCCCAGAAGAGCGGGGUGCGAGGGCCUGGGGAGGGCUGACGGACGCUGACGGAGGCCGGCAUGGGGUGACAUGGGUAGUGUGGGCCUAGGUAGGCUGAUUGGGCCAACAUGGACUUAUGUUGGCCGAGAGCUGCAGAAUCCAUCCUGAGGAAAAGGGUCCAGCCACUGGGGUUUUCUUGGCCCCCCCGAGUCAUUGGCCUGGUUCCACAGAAGCUACUGGAGGCCACAGUUGGGGAAGGCAUGAACUUCUCCCAUGGUGAUUCAAGGCAGGAGGGAGAGAGAGGGAGCUUGUGUGCCAGGGAGAUGGGGAGGAACCAGAUUGGAGGGGCAGGGAGAGAGUGUGUUAUGACCUUUAACCCCAGAGAGAGUUGCUCCUCUGACUCCCGCCUUCCUGGAAUGCAGAAACUGAGUCUGCGAGGGCUGAGGGCCUAGUGGGAUGGCUGGUCGACCUCCAGGCUGGGGUGGAACAGCCGACCAUCACGCACCUGCUCGGCUGGAUCACCGAGAACAGCCUGGGAAACCCCUUUGACAGACCGGCAGGCCGAGAGUCACCCCUGCUUCCCGAGUCUCCCUCCCCUUAUUGCCGGACUUGGAGACAAGAAGGGUGGUGGGGUAAUCUCCUAGGAGACAUUGUCAUUGCGAGAGGCCAGCCCCUUCCCCUAGCCCUUUCCCAGUCCAUGCCAUUACCUACACACUCGCUUCCCUCCCUCCUGCUCAAUUGCUCCCUCUCUGCCUCCCUUUGUCUCUCUCCUCGUUGUCCCCUCCUGACCACAGGCUCCCAUACUCCCAGGAUUUCUUCAGAUUCCCGUUGCCAUUCUCCCCAUUGCUUGGGGAUGAUCCAAUCUGUUUCUCUUCCAAGUGUCUGUCAGGUUUUUUUUUUCCUUUGCAUGGGCAAGCUGGGCUGGAUUGUGGUUUAGGGAUUGCUCUGGAGUUGGAGGCAGUCCUGCCAGCUUGUAUGUGCACUGGGGCCAGAGGUCAAGGGAGAUUAGGGAUCAGGCUAGUUUAGGCCGAGGUGGCAUAGGCCAGGAUGGUUUGGGGCUGAUAACGUGGGCUGAGGAGGUUUGGGGCUGGUGGUGAGGGCCAGGGUGGCAUAGGCUUGGGUGAUUUGAGCUGGUGGUAUUCCCUGCGUUUGGCAUACAAUCCCAGUGAGCACCAGUGGGCACCAGUCUCCUACCACUGGGGGUGCCAAUUUGAAUGUAGAAAACGGCCGGUGGCAGACCCCAACUGUGCCAGUGUCUGUUCUUCUGGGUCCCUGAACUGUCUGCCCCCAAUCCCAAUCAGAGUUCCAUGUGAGUUCUGCAUGUCUGCUGAGGGCUGGUAGCCAAACUGGGCCCUGUACUGAGUGCUUGGUGUUGUACUGAAGGCCAGUAAGGCUGUGCAGGGCUUUGAAGGGGGCCGCCCUGCUCGCCUACAUCCGGAUUUCCACUCCACACAAUUGCAUCCCUGGAGCCGAUUGGCCAGUUGGGUUCCAGGAUCUGGGAAAUCCAUGCAAAAUCUCACUGGUAAACCCAGUGUAUGUCCAGGCAGCCCCAUUAGUCAAAUCAGGCCUCCACCCAGGGAACCCUGAAACUCUGGAAGUAAUCUCAGGGCAAAGGGAAGAUGAGUAGCAUUGCAGAGAGCCAAGGGCCAGCACCCACUUUGCAGUUUUUUGAAUGUUUCCAAGAGCUCAGUACAGUGCUCUCCAGACAGAGGGUGCCUCAGUGCACACAGUAAGCGCCCUGUACAAUGCUCUGCUGACAGUAGGUGCCUAAUACAGUACUUCAUCCCUGCGGCCUCGUGCCUUCUCCUCUGUCCUCUUCCAUCCCUCUGCCUCGGCUCCAGACUCCUGGAUCCAUUGGUGGUGGUGGCGAGGGGAAGUGGAGGGCAGCCACAAAACUAGCAAAGACAUCAAGGUAGGGGGUGGAGAGAUGGUAUCCAGUCCAGCAGAGAGCUGGGACAGAUCAUAGCUGGUCUAAGAACAGGGAGAGAUUGUAGCCACUCCAGGUGUGGGCGGGGAGAAAUUAUAGCCAGUCUAGGCCAGAGCAGGGAGAGAUUAUAACUGGUCCAGGUGUGGGAAGAGGGGUUGUAGCCUGUUUAGGCUGGAGCAGGGAAAGAUUGUAGCCAGCCUAGGCAGCAGUAGGGAGAGAUUGUAGCCGGUCCAGUUGUGGGCAAAGAGAUUGUAACCAGUCUAGACUGGAGCAGGGAGAUAUUGUAGUUGGUCUGGGCUAAGUCAGAGGGACUCUAGCCAGCCUAGGCUGGAGCAGGGAGAGUUUGUAGCCAGUCCAAGUGUGGACGGAGGGAUCAUAGCUGGUCUUGGCUGGAGAGGAAGAGAUUGUACCAGUUUAAGCAGGAGCAGGGAGAGAUUGUAGCUGUUCCAGGUGUGGGUGGAGGGAUUGUAACCAGUCUAGGCUGGAGAGGUUGGGUUCUAACCAUAGAAAGUGGAUUAAGGCGAACAUAGAGAGGGGGUAUCCCAGUGAACUGGGUUCAACUCAUCCCAUCUUCAACCCCUCCACCCUUCCCCCUGCCCUGUCUGCCUGGUGAAGAGGUCAACCCUGUCCCAGGGCUGGGAGUCUGUGGUUUUGGCCCCUAUCCACCGGGCCCAUUAUCCUCAGAGGGGGUGGCUGUGUCCCACGAGUGAGUCCAUUUGGCUACACGAAUGCUGAACGGGCACAGCUUGCUCCCAGAAACCUGCCUCUCCACCCUUUCCACAGGCAUGUCUCCAUCUCUGUCAUCCCCCUGCCCUCACCCCGGUCAUUGACUUCAGGAAGGUAAGAAGGGUUUGGAUCCCAUCCAGAUGCCCCCGUUCCUUUCCCCUGGGACCCUGGACUUUGUCCCUUGCCCCCUUGCUCCUCGCCAGCCUGGCUAGAAGGUUGAGGUGGGAGCCAGGGGUGGGGCUGGAGCAGCCGCAUACAGGCACUCACACACACACACACACACACACACACACACACACACACACACUCCCAUGCCAUGCCACAGAAGCGUCUGGAGCCCUGAUCCCGGCCAACCUUCCCCUGGCUGACUGUGGUCCCUCAUCAAAACAUUUCCAAACAUGGGUUCUGUCUCCCCCAGCCACCACAGAGCCCCAAGCUGACCUACUUGGACAAGGCUGCCCUCGGCCAUCUGGGGGGCUGGCCCUCCCCACUUUGGGGGACUGGAGUCCGGUGGGAUUGGGCAGUUUUGGGGCCCACCCCGGCCCCCAGAGAGAGCUCUGCGGAGGAAAAUCAAAGCUCAGUGUGUCAAAAAAAAAUCAAAGUCAAAAAGCUUUUUUUAUUUUUCUUUUGAGAUGUAUUUAAAUUCUGUUUCUCUCUUCUGUUAUUUUACACGUAUGAAUGCUCUGCUCUUCUGUGAUCUUCAAACAAAAAGAAAUAAACGUGGAAAGGAGA